UCGUUUUUUUUUUUCCCUUCCUGAGUUGAAGGUAAACAAACAUGCAGUAAUGUCAUUGAAACAUGCUUUGGUCACUUUAGCUGCUUCACUUUAAUAUCUUAACGGCACUUAAUAGUUCUUCAGCCCAUGAAAUACAGUAGAAAGUCCGGAUUUGAAAGAGACGCAAAGAAUGGCCCUUCCAUGUGUGCGACUGUGGACUCGCCACAUUAACCUAGGGCUUCAAGUCUGCGGUUAUGCCACCCUCAGUAAAGCGCCCAGACCUCAGGAGAAGGACAGCGGCGGUCCAGUCUUUCAGUAUGUCGGCCAGCACAAAAAACCUAACCACAAAGUGUUUGUCUGGGGCUUCAGCUUCACUGGUGCUCUGGGUAUCCCGAGCUUUGUGGUGCCGGACAGCGGCAGGAAGAAACCCAGAAGAUACCAGCUAACUCCUUACAGGCUGGAGACUGCAGAACAGAUCUCCUCUGCUGCUUGCGGUUAUGGCUUCACUCUCAUCUCCUCCUCGACAAAAGAUGUAAUCAAGCUGUGGGGCAUGGGCCUGAACAAGGACUCUCAGCUAGGCUUCCAACGCACACAACACAGCCGCCAUCAGAGCUAUGACUAUGUACUGGAGCCGUCCCCCGUGGCUCUUCCUCUUGUCGAGCCUCAGCAGACCAGAGUGGUUCAGGUCUCAUGUGGCCGCGCUCACUCUCUGGUUCUCACAGACAGAGAGGGAGUGUUCAGUAUGGGGAACAACGCGUACGGACAGUGUGGGAGGAGGAUAGUGGAAGAUGAAGUCUACAGCGGCAGCCACGUCAUACACAAGAUCGAUGGCUUCAGCAGCAGAGUCGUCCAGGUAGUGUGUGGACAGGACCACAGCCUCUUCCUCACUGACACAGGAAAGGUCUUCUCAUGUGGAUGGGGUGCAGAUGGGCAGACGGGUUUGGGACACCAAAAUGUUAGCUCCAACCCAGUGGAGGUGGGCGGAGAUCUGGCUGGGGUGGAAGUGCAGCAGAUCAGCACGUAUGGAGACUGCAGCCUCGCCGUGUCCAGAGAUGGAGAGCUGUUUGGAUGGGGAAACACUGAAUACCUACAGCUGGCAUCUGUCACAGAGACCACACAGAUCAACUCUCCUCGUCAUCUUCCUCUGAAAGGCUGUGGGAAGGUGGUUCAGGCGGCAUGUGGAGGGACACAGGUGGCCAUCCUUAACGACAGAGGAGAGGUGUUUGUUUGGGGUUAUGGUAUUCUUGGAAAAGGCCCCAAACUCUCAGAGUCUUCGACCCCAGAGAUGAUUCCCCCCACACUGUUUGGAUGCUCAGAGUUUAACCCCUCAGUCUCCGUCACCAGGGUCAGGUGUGGGCUCAACCACUUCGCUGCAGUGACAGAUCGAGGCGAGCUCUUCGUUUGGGGGAAGAAUGUGAGAGGAUGUUUGGGCAUUGGGAAGAGAGAUGACCAGUACUUCCCGUGGAGAGUGACUGUUCCGGGUCAGGUGGUGGAUGUAGCGUGUGGCGUCGACCACAUGGUGGCGCUGGUGAAGUCCCUCCUCUGAGCUCCUGUCUUCUCCAUCACUGGCCGAAAGGCUGGAUGUUUGGCUGACCCCCCACAGCCCCUCAGAGAUCAGAUCGGGGGCCACGCCGGAGUCUCAAAGCCAGCUGCUCUCUGCAGGCGACGGACCCUUGUGUCUAUCCGUCCUGCAGUGAUGUCAAACGAAGCAGAGACGUUGAUUCUGCAGCACACGGGUACCAAACAGCUCACUUUAUCUGGCACAAAGUUCAAAGCGUGAAGACAGCAAAGGAUGGUUUGGGUUUGUUGCAAGCUGAGCUGUUAAAAUUGAUGAAGCCAUUUUUUAUAAAGCAAAAAUGUGACAAAUUGCAAACUUAUUCAGCUGGUUGGGGACCUUCUGUUGUUUUAAAUAUCUUUGAGAUUUUUGGACAAAAAAUGAAAAUCUAUGACACCAGCUUUGAGAAAACAGCUUCUUUUGUCUGUCCCUAGCAGAAAAAAAGCUGAUACAUAGUAAUAAGUGUGCGGAAAUUUAAACCAAAAUAACAAUUUAGCUUUUAUUUUCAUUGAUUUUGCCACCAUUUCUUCUGUUAAAGCCUGUAAAUAUAACUGAACUGGUAGAAAAGAUGGCCAAAACUACCCAAGUUAUAUAAUCUAACAUUUUUCAGGUUGUAAGUUUUAAAUUUCCCUGUUGUCAUGUUUUAUUCACCUCUGACAGAUUUUUUUGUUGCUGCAGAAGAAAAAUGUGUUCAGUGAAAGUGAUCCACUGCGGUAUAAACAGACCCCUCGCCGUUCAGAUUAUUUCAAACAGUAUGUUAUUUUACAGGCCUGUGAAAUGUUUGUGAAACAUCUGAAGAGCCGGCUGCAGCAUAAACAGUCCAAAACAAAAUGAUUAUCUUGCUGCCAACUGCAGAUAGAGGUGAAGACAACUCUGCCCGAGAGAAAACAGGUUCUGAGGAAUACCUUUUACAACCUGCACUCAUGUCUCACCUCGCUCUGUUCAUGUUGUUUUUGUGUGUAAAACAUCAGACGGCUUCAGAUAGCUACAAAGGUGGCUUCCUGGCAGCUGGGGAGGACACUGAUAGAGACUUUUGGAAGAUAAAAAAAUAACGGGGGGAUGCUUUUAGGACUUACAGACAGGAGGGAACAGAACAUGACCCCAUUUGUUUCAUCAUGCCAUUAAGGAUACACAAUGCACUGCAGAAAAGUCACAAAUGUUACACUUAUGCAAAUAAAAAUAUUUUAGUGUUA